UUGUUUCCUCUCGACAUCCUCUUAAGGUGUUUUGUACUUUUGUAUUUGAAGCAUCAUCUUCCUUUAUUAAUAUAAUUGACAGCUCUUAUAUUAAUUCAUUUAAAAAAAUAGUGAACUCCGAUAUCAGAAAAGAAAAACAAAAUCAUUAGAAAGCGACACGUAAAUAAGAAAGGGAAAAUAUCAGAGGGGGGAGAUCAUAAACAAGAGGCAGAGGACUCUUUACAUCAAAGUAAAUUAGAAAAAAAAAAGGCUUCCUUUUAAAGCAGAGCAGCCGGGAAAGAGACGGUCUACUUGUCCGGACGGCAACCUGCCCGCCGCAAGGCCGCAACUCAGUCUCCGUGGCGCCCUCGCCGGCUCCCCCCAAGAGCCGUCGUGCUAGCCCGGCCGGAGCCUUCCGCUAGAUGCAUGGGGUCUGCCUGCCGCGCAGCGCCGUCGUGGCGGUCGGCGUGCCUGUCGCUGUGCCUCCUCCCGGUCGUCCUGCCGCUGGUGCUCCUCUGGCUGCCGCUGCUCUGCGUCGCCGUCGCCGUCCUCCGCUUCCUCCGUCACCGGAGGAUGACGAUGGUGGUGGAGAGGGGGAGGUGCUGCCUCGGUGGCCGAGAGCGAUCGACGCUGGAGACGGAGGGUGAGGGGCACCGGUCGACGCUGGAGACGGAGGGUGAGGGGUACCGGGCGGCGCUGCUGCACAAGUACCUGGAGGACCAGAUGGAGCUGGUGAGGGCGGUGCCAUGAAUCGGCGGCCGAGCCUCCAAGAAAGCCAUCGGCAGAGACAACGUAGGGCAAGAAACGGAGUUACUGAUUGGGCACGAGAAACAGAGCUUAGUUAAGCUUAGAGGUCAUCGGAUCAAGGUUAAUUUGAGGUCUUUUGCCUUGUCGUGCCAUUCUGUUUUCUUGGGGGAAUUUGUUUCUUCUUUUCUUGAUUCUCUUGUUGUGUAGCUUUGGAUGUGGACAGUGUUUGUGUGUGUGAGAUCAUCUCAUCUCCUGAUAACUGAUCAGGUCAUCGGGUGUUUCAGGCAGAUGAAUGAAUGGAUUCAACUGUAACUUCACUGAAACGCGA